CCUGUUUAGAGUUGCCAGGUUACGAUGUCAACCAAGAUGGCGGCGAAAACGAACAGAUAUGGCUGAGGGAUAAGCUUGGCAAGCAAGUAACCCAUGGAUUACAAGAAUGGCAGCAAAUGAUGUGCUUUACAAUGAAAAAGAAAUCUAUUUCUUUCAACAAGAGGUGAAAAGGAAGAUACCAAAACGUUGUCGUAAGGCACCAGAGGAGUUACCAGAAGCUUUACGAUUUGCACAUCCAAAUCCUAAAGUAGCUGCAUACUUAGCUAGCAAGAACAGGGAAGCUUUAAAACAUCAGGAACAAGAUCCAUUUGGCGAUGGAUUGGGAAAGAAAAGCUUGCUGCCAAAUAUUAACCAAUCAGUCACAAACAUUAAAAACCGAUUGGAUAGUGCCUUGUCAAAUGAUGAGGACUCGCAAAAAUAUUUAUUUGAAGACUCUAAAAGUACAUCAUAUACUAUUCUUCAGCAGUUAGCCAAAUAUUUAUAUUCUUAUGAUGAUAUUGCAGAUCAUGUUCCAAAAAGUUUGGAAUAUCAGUUGAUGUCAACAUGGAAAGAAUUAACUAACGAUGUAAUUUAUGUACAGCGGGAAUGGCAGACAGUCGAAAUUAAAGAACAAUAUUUUAAUUCACUGCGGGAUACUCAUAGUGAUGACGAAGACGAUGAUGUCCUUGGUGGUAGAACUUCAGUGUUGGAUAAAUCUUCAAAACCAAAAGUGAAAAAAAUAUCAAACCGACCUCUUAUACCAGAAAUAAUUGAAGAUGACACAAAGGGAGAUAAUAGAAUGCCAAAAAGAAGCGAUAGUCGAAUGUCAACUCAGUCAGUAGCAAGAAGUAAACUUGACGUACGAGCAGGAGGCAGAGCAUCGAGGGAUCAUAGAGGGUCAAGGUUAUCUCCUAAUCAGCCGAUAUAUAAGCCUAGAAAGGUCGCAGGAUUACGCUCACCAAAUAUCAGAAAGGGAUUGCACGAUGAUGCUUAUUCCAAUAUUGCAGAAACACCAUCUGAUCCAAGAUCAACUGCUUUAGUUACAAUUAGUUUUUCAUUAAAAGACAAAAAAGGUGUAAUAAUGGACAAUAAUGUAGAAGAAGUAGACAGAAAGAAACUGCAAGAAGAAUAUGAAGCUUUUAAAGAACUUAUUAAGACAGUAAAACAACAGCAACAAGAUGAUCUUGAUGAAGGAAAAGAUAAGCCAGUCGUAGUUCGUUACUAUGGAGACCACAAAAAAGAAGUCUUGCUAAAAUACAGAAAGUCACCUGUAAAAACAGAUAGUCCAGUAUUAGGAAAGUCAGGGAAAAUCCGGAUACCUAUCAUUGGAGAUGAUAGAAAUGAAGGGAAACAACUGAUACAGGCCACGGUUCAUGACGGAACUAGUUUUGUGUAUUAUCCCUCUGGAAAGCCAGCUAUAAUGUUUAGUUCUGCAGGAUAUGGUCGUCCAGGAUAUUACUUGGUGGCAUAUGAUGAUGGCAACAAUCCCAGAAUGCUUGCUUGUUUUACCCCCUGUGGCAAGGGUGUAUGUUUUAGCAAUACCAGUAAAAAUAUCAGGUUUUUGUCUACAGCAAAGGGAGGUCAUUUAACCGACACUGAAGGAAGUGUUAUACAGAGAUGGAAAUGGCCGAUGGGUAGUGUAAAACUGGGGAAUCCUGUUAUAUUACAGCUCAAUAGCCACCUAGUGUUCAGAUGUUAUAGUCAGACCAGUAUGGCCAUUGUGUUCAACUGUCAGAAAGAAACAGCCAAGUUUCCUAUCUUACCUUAUACUGGGGCUGUGGAGAAGGAAGACAAUGAACAAUUACUUACAGGAAUAAACUUUACUUCAAGAGCAGCCAAAGAACUUAUGAGAAUUUUCGCACCAAAAACUCAAAAGAAAAACAGAGGAAAACAGAAAAAGGUGAAAGCACACAUAGCUGAAAUGCAGAAGUUAUUAGAGUUUCCUGAUAAACUGCAGUAUGAGCACGAAUCUGAAAGAGACUUAGCAAGAUUACAAAGAAAAGCAAAAAAUUUAGUUGAUGAUUGGAUGGAACAUUAUCGUGUAACAAUAGGACUUAUCUCCCCUGAUAUCAGCCGAAUGAAAGACCGACCGGAAUUUACAGAUUACAGACGCAAGAUACAAUCAGCUAGAAUAUCAGAAAGACUGGACAGAGACCCAACAAGCCAAAGACCAGUACUUGACCUGGCUACUGACAGACGAAUUAGAGCUCCUUCGGCACCAUUAGCCCGUUCUUGCCUAAAGAAAGUUUUAUCACGGACCACACCUAAAGACACUGCAAGGAAGUCUGCUGUGGCAUCAGUGGUUAAGUUUGACGAUGAGCCACAUGAGAUUGGUGAUGAUGAUGUAUCACCCACGGCAUUGGCUGUACUAGAGAGAUUAACACAGUCAGCUGGUAAAAGAUCAACUAGAAGUACUAGAACAAGUUUAUCUAGUGCUCCUGUGUCUCGACAGUUAACAAGCUUGAGCCAUAUAGACUUGUCAUCUGUCAAAGUCCAUUGUCCAAUAGCUAUUCGACAACAGUUAUUAGGAUUAGAGCGGCCAUCUUGUCGCUGCAGCAGACAUUACAUUCCACAGAUCACUGACAUUGAAUAUGAUGAUUUUGUAUCAACAGAAGCUCCAGAAUCACAAGUUAUUGUUAUCAGCGUUAUUUCGUCAUUAUUUCCAUAUGUAAAUUCAGCAGAAGAUAUGUUGGAAGAAAUUUAUAUGAAUCAAAAUAGGAAUCGGACUAAACCUUGUGUUCAAGGACGGAAUGAUACCUAUAGGAUUUUUCAAUAUGAUAUUAAUACGGCAGCUGAAGGGUCACAUCACACAACACCUCUUCUUCUUACUCGGCAUAAUGUAGUUCCUGGCAUGAUUCUUAUGUAUAUGAAUGGGCAUCUGUCAUUCUGUGAUCAUAUAUUCAAUGGUUAUGGUAAUGCAAGAAGAGACUUCAAAAAACAAGUAAUGAAAACAAGGUUACAGGCAAUGCAAGGGUUUGCCUUGCCCAGAGAUUUCAGAUUCAGUCCAGUGAAGGGUAAAUCUGGAAUGAGAUCAGCUUGGGGUGGAGAGAUAGGGGGUACAGGAGUGGACCACUGGGGUAAUCCUGGGAUGUCAGUAGACUCUGCACUAAUGCCAAUACAGAGACCACUCACAUCUUCCACUGACGAGGACAGAGUGGACCGACUCAGAGAAAACACAAAUAUACAGCAAGUCAAGGAAAUUUAUGCUAAACUUGGGCCAAUGCUAUCAAUUGAACCAUUCAAGAGGAGACUUCAGCGUCAUCGGACUUUUGUUCCUCGUUUAGUUGAUUUACAGAGGAUAUGAGAAGUAUGUGGAUCAUUCGCCGUCACCUGUUCGUUACCAUAUGUUAGACAUGAAAAGACAUUUCUCUGCCCCAGGUAGAAGACUUCAGGGAACUGUUACUUAAGGGAGAUAAUCUUCAAUCUAGGAACAAAAACAGGGAAGACAACUCAUGACAAUAUCAUUGUUGGAUGAAGUUUACAUGGAGUGUUGAAUGCCAGUGUAAAAUUUGCAAUUAUAUAUUUAUUUAUAAAACUGUUGUAACAGAUUUUGAUGUACAAAAAAUAGUAAGAUAGAUUGUAAAUUACUGAAUAUACAUUGUAAUUUCUUGUACGACAUGUAGAUUAAUUUAUUUUUGCACAAAAUGGCAAAUUGAUAUGAAUGUUUGACAGAAAUAUGUUAUUAUUGGUUAUAUUUUUGUAUCAUUGAAUUUGUAUGCUUCAAGCUCACUUUCAUAUAGCCUAAGUGCCCUUUCUAUAACAUAUUUAUAAUAUUCAUAUAUUUUUUCAUAUUGAAUUUAAAAUUUUAGAAUAAAAAAUUCCUGCAUAAAUAUUGAAUUCCUGCAGUAUCUUUCUUUUUUAAAUAACUGUAUUUGGUUUGAUAUCUUUGUUGGUAUUUGUGCCAAAUUGUUUAAUUAUAUGUUUGUGCCAAUUUAUGUCCUGUUUAUUGUUACAAUGUCGGAUGUCUUUUUGACCUUUUAAGACAACAGAAAAUUUAUAUAUUUUUCUGAGUACCUGAAAUAUUCUAAAAUGUAAUUAAAUUUUUUCAUAUUUUCAUCAUAUAUUCCACAUAAUAGAUUUGAAAAAUAGUACCGGUUUCCAUUUUCUAUGAUGAUUUAUUCAUUUGUUUUUUAAUGUAUAUUUGGCUUUCAGUGAAGACACAACAGCAAAUAGAAAUUAAGUACACUUUGCCACAUAAACUUUGUUGAACUGUUAUUCUGUAGGAAGUAACUCACAACCAGACUGAGAUUUGCAUGCAUCAAAUUUAAAUAUUGUGGUUGGUUAUUAUCAAAAGUAAUAUAAAGUCUAUAUACCGGUAAGCCAAUACUUAAUUUAUUCAAGUCUAGUUAAUUUCUGAUAACAGUACUGCGGUUAAAUUAAGUUCAAAAGGCAGGGCUGUUUCAUCUCAAUUAAGUGGUUAUUACUUCAAAUUAUUCAAAACCCCAGUGAUUUGUAACUAGUAAAAAUGUUUGAAGGAGGCUGGUUGCCUGGUAUGUGUAUGGUUGUGACAUUUCAAGUUUUAAAUAAUAAAAAAAAGAAGUUUUUUCCUUUGUUCUCUCUUGGUGCUGUUUUAACUAUUUAAUAUAAUAUGUUAACUGACUUAGAACACUGUUAAAUCAUCUUACUUGUUAAUGGGUGGUGGUAGUUUUGAAUGCACCGUGUAUAUCUUCUUACAUUUAUCUGUUGUGCUAUUUACCUGCUUUAGUUUGUGAUCAACUCCUAUAUUAGGGUUGUUAAACAGAUGCUUUAAUGUAUGUUAUUUUAUAAUCUGAAUAUGUCUUCCUCACUAUUUUGGAGUAAUAGUACAUGCAUAGUGUUUAGCAUGAUAUGAGGCCUGUGGUUGUUGCACUUUCCAGAAAAAAAUAUUGAAUUUUAGGGGGGAAAACAUGUUUAUUAAUCUAGAAUUUGCACCAAAGGUUACUGUUAGCUUCUUGAGACAUGAAUAUAUUUGUGCAGUUUUGUUUAAAAAAAUGUUUUUGUUGAAAUUGAAAUUAUUUUUUUCAUGAGUAACUUGCCAAUUGUUUCAAGUUUUGUCUAUGCUAUUGUCUCUAUAUAACAAAGUUGCUAUAAUUGUACAAUACUGAUCUGGUGAUAAAAUAUUAGAAAUACAAUGUAUUUCCACAAAUUUAGAGAGUUUAACUACAAAUUUAAUCAUUGAUAAUCUUAAAGUGCCUCAAAUGUAUAUUAACUCAACUUGCUCAUCCCUUUCUAUAGGUUAUUUCUAAUUCAGGGCUGAUCCAAGAGAUAAUUGUGAAAUAUUUGUCUUGAGUAAAUUUUCCUGAUUUUCCUUUUGAAAAUCUUGGAUCCCCUGCUGAAAAUAUGCUGAUUGUAUUACUGCUGAUAUUAUAUGUCUGUUUCUUAAUUCUGUGAUAUUUAUUAUUUACUGCUGAUUAUGUGCCUUUACAGAUGAUCUUUGUAGAAUAAAAACAUCAGUCUGUA